GUGAAAAGCUUUCGAAGGCCGUCCAGAAAGCUGGCCAUCUUCGUGCAAGGCGGCCCAAAGCCAAAAGCGAAAUGCUCAUUGAACAAGACGAGCUCGUGGCGUGCGUUUGGCAGAGAGCGGUGUUUUAAAAAAUUACAAAAAUACUCUAUUAUAUUAUUAUAUUAAUUUUGAAAAACUAAACAAGAUAUCGAACUAUCGAGAGUGAAACGAAGACCGCCGCGUUCGAAGACAAUUAUUUGAAACUGCAGUGAAAUCAAAUCUACAAAAAAGAGUGUCCCCACAAUCUCCUUCUUCAGUUUUUUUUUUGUUUAUUUUUUUACUUGUUUUUUUUGUUUGUUUUUGUUUAAUGUAUAAAAAAUAAAAUAUAAAAAAAAAGAAGAAAGAAAGAAAAAGAGAGCAGCAGCCAUGGUAAUGAUCGUGUGUGAGACAAAGGAAAGUGGCAGUUGAAGCCGCCACUCUACAACAACAACAACUACAAGGAACAACAACAUAUCUUCAACAACAACAACAACAACAACAAGUAAACCUCAGGCGGCAGUUACUGCAACAACAACAACAAAACCAGAGUUCUGUUCAUAUUUCUGUCAAAAUAUGGGCCAAGAGAUAUCCCAACAGCAAACUCAGCAACAGCAACAGCAGCACCACAACCACAAUCACAACCACAACCACCACCAACAGCCAACGCCCCACCACCUGAAGCGUCAGAAUCAGCGCAAAAGCCUCCCAGCCACACCGAGCAACCAACCGAUCUACACGCCCACCAGCAACAUCUCCAGCAACUCCUCCGUUUCCAACGACAACCAGAACUACCGACUCCGACACAAGUACAACCUGACCAAGCAGACCUACGAGCGGACCAAGAUCCUGGCCACUGCCGGCUCCAACACCAGCCAAUCGGACACGGACUCCCACUACGCCAAGUUGAAUCUGCAGCGCAGCAGCUCCCAGAGCUCCGACAGCGGCAUCUAUAACUCCUCCUGCCACUGCAGCUCCAUCUCCUCCUUGUCGGCGGUGAGCAGCAGCAGCAGCACCAGCAGCAACUCCAGUCGCGGCUGUCCCAGCUCCCUCCUCUCCAGCAAGUCCAACAAGUCCCUCGACAAGCAGAAGCACUAUUUGAGCCACCACCUGUACAUCAAGUCCUAUUUGGACAUCUUGGAGGAGGACGAGCGAGCAAGGGCCCACUUCAAGUCGGCACGACCGGGCGGCAUCCGGAACUACACGCCCAAGAUCUUGGCCACCAGUAGCGGCGGCGAGGCCACCUCCACGAACGCAUCACUCUCCUCCAGUGCUCCGGCUCACUGCUACGGGCCGGGCAAGCGGACAUCCUCCGCAUCCACCGUCACGGGCAAGCACUCCCAGGGCUAUCAAAGCGUCGAUCCCGAGAACAAGGUCCAGGAGCCAACCGUCAUACGUCGCCAGUAUGACUUUGUGGUGAUUGGCGGUGGAUCCGCUGGAGCUGUGGUGGCCAAUCGACUGAGUGAGGUGCGCAACUGGACGGUCCUGCUCCUGGAGGCCGGCGGCGAUGAGACGGAAAUCUCGGAUGUGCCAGCCCUGGCCGGGUAUCUGCAGCUGACCGAGCUGGACUGGAAGUACCAGACGACGCCCUCGUCCACCCGACAGUACUGCCAGGCGAUGAAGGGCGACCGGUGCUUCUGGCCGCGCGGCAAGGUCCUCGGCGGCAGCUCCGUCCUGAACGCCAUGGUGUAUGUGCGGGGCUCCAAGAACGACUACAACCACUGGGCCUCGCUUGGCAAUCCCGGCUGGGACUACGACAACAUGCUCAAGUACUUCCUCAAGUCGGAGGACGUGCGGAAUCCCUACCUGGCCAAGACGCCCUACCACGAGACGGGCGGUUAUCUCACGGUCCAGGAGGCACCCUGGCGCACUCCCCUCUCCAUUGCCUUCCUGCAGGCGGGCAUGGAGAUGGGCUACGAGAACAGGGACAUCAAUGGCGCCCAGCAGACGGGCUUCAUGCUCACCCAGAGCACCAUCCGGCGCGGAGCACGCUGCUCCACGGGCAAGGCCUUCAUCCGCCCCGUCCGCCAGCGGCCCAACCUGGACGUCCUGCUCCAUGCGGAGGCCACCCGGCUGCUGUUCGACAAGCAGAAGCGGGCCAUCGGCGUGGAGUAUCUGCGCGGCGGCCGGAAGCAGCUGGUCUUCGUCCGGCGGGAGGUGGUCGUGAGUGCCGGUGCCCUCAACUCCCCGAAGCUCCUCAUGCUGUCGGGUGUGGGCCCGACGGAGCACCUCCAGGAGCACAGCAUCCCCGUCGUCUCGGACCUGCCGGUGGGCAAUAAUAUGCAGGACCACGUGGGCCUCGGCGGUCUCACCUUCGUGGUGGACGCCCCCCUGACCGUCACCCGGAAUCGUUUCCAGACCAUCCCCGUUUCCAUGGAGUACAUCCUCAGGGAGCGCGGCCCGAUGACCUUCUCGGGAGUGGAGGGCGUGGCCUUCCUGAACACCAAGUACCAGGAUCCGGCAGUGGACUGGCCCGAUGUCCAGUUCCACUUCUGCCCCAGCUCCAUCAACUCGGACGGCGGUGAGCAGAUCCGGAAGAUCCUGAAUCUGCGGGACGGCUUCUACAACACGGUCUACAAGCCGCUGCAGCACAGCGAGACCUGGUCGAUCCUGCCGCUCCUGCUCCGGCCCAAGAGCACCGGCUGGGUGCGUCUCAACUCCCGCAAUCCCCAGCAGCCGCCGAAGAUCAUACCGAACUACUUUGCCCAUCAGGAGGACGUCGACGUCCUGGUCGAGGGCAUCAAGCUGGCCAUCAAUGUGUCCAACACCCAGGCCUUCCAGCGCUUCGGCUCCCGGCUGCACAACAUCCCGCUGCCGGGCUGCCGGCACCUGCCCUUCCAGUCGGACGAGUACUGGGCCUGCUGCAUCAAGGAGUUCACCUUCACCAUCUACCAUCCGGCCGGCACCUGUCGCAUGGGUCCCAGCUGGGACGUCACCGCCGUGGUGGAUCCCCGGCUGCGGGUCUACGGCGUCUCCGGUGUCCGGGUGGUGGACGCCAGCAUCAUGCCGACCAUCGUCAAUGGGAAUCCCAAUGCGCCCGUGAUCGCCAUCGGGGAGAAGGCCUCCGAUCUGAUCAAGGAGGACUGGGGCGCCCGCCGGCCAAAGCCCUCGUAGUCCAGAGGUCCUUGAGUCCUUAAGUCCUUUAGUCCUUAAUCCUAACUGUAUUCCUCUAUCCCUUAUUUUUAUUAUUAUUAUCAACUAGUCAAAUGUCGGUUAUUUAAUGUUACUGCUACGAGUUCCGUUUGGCGACUUCCUCGUUUUGUUUGCAGCUCGAAGUUAUCUUUAGUUUCGAAUAGUUAAGAGUACCACUUCCCGCAUUCCACUCUUUUUUUUUUUUUGUUAUUUUAUCAACAGCAUUUUAAUAAAUAUUUAUGUAACAAGUUUGCGCUUCCUGGAGGGCUGAUUCCUAAGACAAGUACUUUUAGGGAUUUUCAGAGCGAUUUCUCAUCUUUCAGAAUCUAAAUCCUGCGCCAACCUACGUAUAAAUCCUAACCCAAUCCUGUUUUUUAGAUCAAAUCAUAUAGAACCAUAAUAAUACACCACAAUAUAUCAUAACAUGUACCCCUGUAGAAGCCCUCAAUAACCAAAUGGCCCUUAUGGUAACUAUAUCUCAGCCGAUUUUGAUCCGGUUCUCGAGAGGAUUACCUUUUUCGAUUUGUGGAUCGAUUCCCCGUCGAUCUGCAUCAAAAUCUGGAAGCAAAAUAUUUUUUCAAAAUUUUUCCAAUUUUUGUGGGGAGACCCCUCCCGAAAUCCAGGAUUUCCCCCAUAUGGGCCCUUACGAUGGCUAUAUCUCAGCCGAUUUUGAUCCGAUUCUCGAGAGGAUUAUCUUCUUCGAUUUGUGGAUCGAUUCCCCGUCGAUCUGCAUCAAAAUCUGGAAGCAAAAUAUUUUUUCAAAAUUUUUCCAAUUUUUGUGGG